AGGAUGGACGCGAGAUAUCCAAACCGACGGUCUCCCAACGCAAAAUCCCCUAAGUUGUAGGGUUCGUCAACGUUUUUCUUCUCCUUAGAAGAUCAUUCCAUUUUUUUCGACUAUCUAUAGCCGUCUCUUCAUUCGCUAGAUUUUUUAGUUGCUUUUCUUAGCAGCUCUCUACCGACAAGAUGGCCGACGAAGAAGUGCAAGCUCUCGUGGUGGACAACGGAUCCGGUAUGUGCAAGGCCGGAUUUGCAGGUGAUGACGCUCCUCGCGCCGUUUUCCCGUCCAUCGUCGGACGCCCGAAGAUGCCGGGCAUCAUGGUUGGCAUGGAUCAGAAAGACUCGUAUGUUGGUGACGAAGCACAAUCCAAGCGAGGUGUGCUCACCCUGAAGUACCCGAUCGAGCACGGCAUCGUGACCAACUGGGACGACAUGGAGAAGAUCUGGCACCACACCUUCUACAACGAGCUCCGCGUCGCUCCGGAAGAGCAUCCGGUGUUGCUGACCGAGGCACCCCUUAACCCGAAGGCGAACCGUGAGCGCAUGACUCAGAUCAUGUUCGAGACUUUCAACUGCCCGGCAAUGUACGUUGCGAUUCAUGCAGUCAUGUCCCUGUACGCUUCUGGUCGUACAACAGGAAUCGUCAUGGACUCCGGUGAUGGUGUCUCUCACACCGUGCCCAUCUACGAGGGAUACGCUCUCCCGCACGCCAUUUUGCGUUUGGAUUUUGCUGGUCGCGACUUGACGGAGUACAUGAUGAAGAUCUUGACCGAGCGUGGUUACUCCUUUACCACCACCGCCGAGCGUGAGAUCGUGAAGGACUUGAAGGAGAAGCUCACCUAUGUUGCGUUGGACUUCGAUGCUGAGAUGAAGCAGGCGGCACAGUCUUCGGAGAACGAGAAGACAUUUGAGCUCCCUGAUGGAAACGUCAUCACCGUUGGAAACGAGCGCUUUCGCUGCCCGGAGGUGUUGUUCCAGCCGUCCUUCAUCGGAAAGGAGUCGUCGGGUAUUCACGACACGACCUUUCAGUCGAUCAUGAAGUGCGACGUCGAUAUCCGUAAGGAUCUUUACGCGAACAUUGUGCUCUCCGGUGGUACCACCAUGUAUCCGGGCAUCGGCGAGCGUAUGACGAAGGAAAUUACCGCUCUCGCCCCUUCCACCAUGAAGAUCAAGGUUGUAGCUCCCCCAGAGCGUAAGUACUCCGUGUGGAUCGGUGGCAGGUAUUUAUUUUAGAUCCCAGAGUUGUUAAUUUUUCUAUGAUACAUCUUUUUUUUUGCUACGAAUGAGCAUGUUCUGUCAACAUGAUUAGCGUGAGCGGAGAUUAAGGGUAUCUACAAGAAGUGUCACGAAAUUUUUACAUCUUAUAUAUUUAUAAAAUAUAUUUGUUGUGGUUGGUCGCAUUUAUUUCUCUUUCCAUUCCCAAUUCUUGAACACAACUUCAGUAUCCUGUCCUCGUUGUCGACGUUCCAGCAGAUGUGGAUCUCGAAGAACGAGUAUGACGAGUCUGGCCCGACCAUCGUGCACCGCAAGUGCUUCUAA